UCCAUAUCCCUAGACCCGAGGCUGCGGGCAUGGAACCCCAAUCAGACUCGGGAAGCCCCAGGGCGACGGAGGUCUCAGAGGUCUUGAAUGACCCCCCGGGAAUAAGGACAGCUCUUAGCCCACAGAAAGGCUUGACGGUGGGGUCGGUCAAUUCCCCGUGGAAGACAGCAGCGCAGAUCUCGCUUCCCCCUUGCCCCGAGGCCCAGUUUGUGCCAUCUUCGAAAUGCUGCAUGGCGGGGGAUAACUUGCCGUACGUGGAGAAAGGCGGGGGGCCGUGCCGGGAGCUGCGCUCCGUGGGGCUUCGCUGCCCCAAUGGCACAAGCCUCUUGAGGGACAUGCAGCCCCCGGUGGAGACAGAUGCUGCCCUGGGCAUGAAGAGUGGUUUGGGAUUAUCAACCCGGCCCCCCACGGCCAGGGACGUCGAGCGGGACCCGGAGGAUCUGGAGAAAGUGCAGGAGAAGCUGGCCAGGCAACCCCCCUAUUGUCGACAGCCCGACAUGGGGUUAGUGAGUGAGCUCUCGGCGAAGAUCUCUUGCCCGGAGAACUCGGGAGCCUCCGAGGAGGAGGAGCCCCCCGUGGGCUCGGAGAUUGGGCUGCCCAGUAGGGUGAUGGGUAACUUGGAACCCGAAAGUGAGGGCCCAGUAGGGCUGGCGAUAGAACCAUCAGCUUACGUCUUCAAGACGAAGCCCGAAGAGCCUCCCAAGCUUCCAAAGGAUUUGGAACCGGGAGUCGAGCCUCCAGAUAAUAUCAGACCCAUUUAUCUUGGGAAAUUUUUUGACCGUAAUCCUGGCUGGCCGUGUGCAGGGAAGCUUAUUCCAGUUGGAUACAGAGCUGAAACCUGUUUGACUGAAAAAUGGCCUCCACCUUUGACUCCACCCACUGAGAGAAAGUUUUAUAAAGCCAGAUAUCCAGAUCCUGGUACUGAACGGAUAUUUUAUGGCAGAGCAAAUGAUCCAGAUGUUUCUCAUUUGACACAUGGUAAAAAAAGUGAUAAGUCACUCAAGGUAGGUCCAUUGGUCAAUCCACCUCCUAUUUCUACAUUUCAACAAAGAUUUAAGGAAAGGAAAGAAUCCUUCUAUUUCAGUAAUCGGAGAGCGCCAUUAGGGAGGUCCCACGAUCAAACGCAAAAUUUACCUGAAUGUAUUGAUACAGUUAAUACAACAUUUGGAGUACCAAUCUUCAGAGAGAUAACUGCUAGAGACUUAGUGAAUCCACCAAAAUCCUUUGAACAAGUAUUUGAAGAAGCAUAUCAAGGACAUGACCUGUACAUUGUCUCCCACAAUGAUUAUUAUGUAGGGGAAAUGAAGAAUAGGAAAUAUAACCCAGCAAGUUUUUACAGAUUUCAAACUUUUGGAGAGAAAACGCCACAUUUUAACGAUGGCCGAACUAUGGCAAAAUCUUUUCAUUGGCUCCAUGAGCUACAAAUGAAAAAAGGCAGUAAAAUAGUUUCCAAAAGAGUCGAUGACUUCAAUGAAAAGUUUCAACACAAACUUGGAAAAGUCUGGGAUCCCAUUGAAGAAACAAUGAAUGUUCCACCAGACCACACAUUUGGAAUAUUUCUGCAUCCAGAUGAAUAUGGAGCUGGCGACCUCAUUUACAACCGACUACCUGGCCAGUAUCUGCGUGGCAAGGAUAGGGAGCGGGCUGUCUUUGCGGCGGUUCGUCAGCAUCUGAAGAAAGUGAACUAUUACAACUUUGACACUUUGCUGGAGGCGUUCCGGCAUUUUGACAAGAAUGGAGAUGGGUUGAUAGACAAACAAGAGCUCCAGAGAGCCUGUUCUCAGAUGAACCUAGAACUAGAUGAGGUGCUCCUGGAUGAACUGUUUGAUUACUGUGAUCUGGAUAAGGACGGCAGGAUUAACUACCAAGAGUUCACCAAUUUUUUGAACUGGAAGGACAAAAUGCCCAUUAAGGAAUUUGAAGAAAAGAUCCUCAUCCGAGGGAAAAAAAUGUCAGAAGAUCCUCAGUGCCUCCUUAUUACUGGUACAGAAUUAGAGGGCCAGGUCGCUCCUCUGAUCAAGCCUGAAGAUAUUGUACAAGAAGAACCUGGAAAACCAAUGAAGACUCCUCGGACUAUCUCACGACCAACAGAUAAAGUAUUUGCUGAUUAUAAAACAUCAUCUUCUCAGAUUAAUUCAGUUGUAGGAGGCAUUUCUCCAAUGAGUAUCCCCACGUGCGGUGUUCCAACGAUUCGUUCUGAUGUAGCUUCCCCUCGUUACCGUCGCAUUAGCGAUAGAACCAAUUAUGGUGAUUCAGGCACUGCUUAUACAUUGCUAUACCCAUCCAUCUUCAGUGAAAAAGGAGUGUUUGAAAGAGACUUCUUUAAGGCUAGAUCAAAAGAUGAGAUUGCCCGGAUACUACGGAAUAUUGGUGUCAACCUUACCGAUGAGAACUUUGAACAUGUUUGGAACUUGGCUUCUAAGAAACAUCACAAGGGAGAAGUUUGUGUGGAGUCUGUGAGAAAUGUCCUGGAUGAAAUGCAGCAUGCUAAAAGAAUCAGAAGGAAUCAAGUAUAAUGAGCCUUGUGAUUUUUGUGGCGUUUAUUCCUUUCCAAAAAGGAAUAAGCCUUAACAUGUUACUUUAAACAUUUACUUUCAUAUACAUUCAGAUUUAUUCUAGUAGUAGAUAUUAUAUUCUAAUUCUGUAAUCACUGUGGG